CAGUGGGGGAGAGAGAGGACAUGGAUUUGAUUUUGCUACACAGGUAAGAUAACCGAGGAUUGAUUUUACUGUUGAAAUUGAUAACGUGUAUGAUCUUCAUCUUCAUUAGUUCAAAUCACUCGAGCAGUAUUAAAAUUCUACAUUUAGUGAUUGAUUUUUUUGAGUCAAGAUCGUGAUAUACAUCAAAGAUACAAAUCAAAUGCCAUCACUAAAGAUGAAGACGAAAUCAUCAGGAGACUCUCUAAAAGAAAAUCGUGGUCUUCAUGUCUGUCAAAAAUCAAGCAAGAUAUCCAAGAACUCUUUCUCUCAUGCCCGGAAUUUUCAGAAUGAAGAAGCAGAACUUGAUACUUUUACAUCUAACAAUCAGGAAAUAAGAAGUGAUGAAACCAACUGUUGUGAAAUAGUAGAUGAAGAAAUUCUUCAAUUUCAGAAGCAUAUAUCACCUUCAAGUAAUGCUGGCGUAGUUUAUAGCAUGGAUCACACAUCAACCAUAGAAACAAUCUUUUCACCUAUACUGGAGUCCAUUGACAUUGACAUUGAACCAAAUAUCAACGUGUCAGAUUUUCUCAUUUCUGAUAUGAUUGUGUCUAGCUCACGCAAUGAAAGAAAUUCUGCAUAUACCACCAUUUCUGAGGCUACAUGCUUACUUGACUAUGAACGUGAUGACUUGAGCAGAUUUUGUUUUGAUGAGUAUAUGCUUCUUCCUUUUCUUGAAGAUAGCAUCGAGUCAAACAGUCAACAUGAAGACGAUAGUAGUAACACACAUCCAAAACCUGUCAUUGCUUCAGAAGAAUCAAGCAUAUUUGUGGCAAUCCAUCAAUUAAAGGAAUAUGAAUAUGAUAUGAAUUCUUUUCCAGAAUGGGAUCCAUUAGAGUGCUUGAAUCCACAAAUGUUCAUCAGGAAUUUUCUUGAUUUUACAGAAAUUCCCCAGGAAUCAUCAAGGGAAACGAAAUCUGUCACCCUAGUUCUUGAUUUAGAUGAAACACUUGUCCACUCUUCACUGGAACAGUGUAAGGAUGCAGACUUCAGUUUUCAAGUAGUUUCUAGUUUGAAGGAGCAUACUGUGUAUGUGAAAGAGAGACCUUACCUAAGGGCAUUUUUGGAAAAAGUGUCGGAAAUGUUUGAUAUUGUGAUAUUCACAGCCAGUCAAAGCAUUUAUGCAAAACAGCUUGUUGAUAUACUGGAUCCAGAUGGGAAGAUGAUCUCUCGUAGAGCUUAUAGAGAUUCAUGUAUCUUUACAGAUGGAAGUUAUACAAAGGAUUUAACGGUUUUAGGUGUUGAUCUUGCCAAAAUUGUCAUAAUUGACAAUUCUCCACAGGUUUUUAGAUUGCAAGUGAAUAAUGGGAUUCCAAUCAAGAGUUGGUUUGAUGAUCCAUCAGAUUGUGCCCUAAUUUCGUUACUACCAUUCCUUGAGUCUCUGCUUCACGUUGAAGAUGUGCGUCCAAUUAUUGCUAACAGAUUUGGUAACAAUGUGCCUUAUUAAUUUCUCAAUUACACCUCCAAAUUAUCUUACAAUAAUACAUCACUAGUGUAGUGUAGUUAGUGUUUUAAUAUAGAUUGUUUUUUGCACUGUACAGUUAAUUAAAUAGUUUAGAAACUCAGAAUAAGAUUUUUCUUUGUUUGUAGAUAUAGAUGCAUGUACUACGUAGUUGUUGCCAAGCAUUUAGCGAUAUGUAUUAUCCAAAUGACAAUGUGGUUCCAUCUUGUUUGUUCUUAUUUUGAUUAUACUAAUGUAAUGUAAUCAUAAACAAGUUGUGUA